CCUCCCCACCUCCUCUCCCUCCUCCCUCCUCUUCCGAACCACCACCCUCUCCACCUCCUUUUCCUCCUCCCCCUUCUCCCGACUCACCACCACCCUCCCCACCUCCUCUCCCUCCGCCCUCCCCUCCCCAACCACCACCCUCCCCACCUCCUCUCCCUCCGCCCUCCCCUCCCCAACCACCACCCUCCCCACCUCCUCUCCCUCCGCCCUCCCCUCCCCAACCACCACCCUCCCCACCUCCUCUCCCUCCGCCUUCCCCUCCCCAACCACCCCCUUCUCCUCCACUUCCCCCGCCUCCAUCACCACCGCUUCCCCCCUCCCCCCCACCUCUGAUCCUCAACCGAUGGGAAUGUUUCUAUCAAAGUCGAGACACCGGGUGUAGCUGUAGUUGCUACUCUGGAAAUCAAUGUUCAUGUACUACAACCUCCUCACCGGCUCUGUCCCCUCGGCUGUUGGCAAGCUCACUAACUUAACCCAACUGGCUCUAGACGACAACGCACUCUCCGGCUCACUUCCAUCAACCCUGGGCAACCUUUUCUCUUUAACCCACUUUUCGGCGUGCAAUAACCGCUUUUCAUCAUCCCUCCCUGCGUCCAUCUCUGCGCUCGCACGACUGCAACACUUGCUACUCAAUGGCAACUUCCUGGAAGGAUCCAUACCAUCUGACCUGUCCAACCUGCUGUCUCUCUAUGAGAUGCACCGAGUCUCUCUCGCGCGCCCAUGUGGCAUCGCAUGAGGACAAGGAGAGGGCGCCCUUUGUGGGUCUCACAGAGAGGGUGGCUAUGCUGGGUGACAGAGGGAAGCGGAAAGGAGAGCAAGCAGCAUCUGAGGCGCACGUCUCUCUCGAAGGCACCGAGCCUCUCUCGCG